AUGCGUCCGAUCUCCAGAGCUAUCCUCCGGCCGUACGUCUGCCAGUCCUGCCGCCAUGGCAUUGGCGCCGGUAGACGGCGAUUUGGGUCUAAAUCCGACUCCCCUGACAUCUACGACGUGGUUUGCGUUGGAGGCGGGCCCGCGGGCCUAGGGUUAUUGGCCGCACUCCGCGCAUCACCCAUUACAUCAAAGCUCCGAGUUGCCCUCGUCGAGACCCAGGAUCUCGCCAAGGCCAAAGCUUGGGAUCUUGAACCAACCCAGUUCUCCAACAGAGUCAGCAGCCUGACCCCAUCAUCUGUGUCAUUCCUGCGCAAGAUUGGCGCAUACGACCACCUCGAUGUCAAUCGCGUUCAGGACUACCAAGAGAUGCAGGUGUGGGACGGCCAAACCGGGUCCCGAAUAUCGUUUGACUGGUCCAUGGAGACCUCCCCAUUCGAAGACAUGCGCACCGUAGCAACAAUGACCGAAAACGCAAACCUGGUGCGCGCUCUCCUCCGCCGAAUCGCCGACUCAGGAGACGAGAAUUUCUCUCUCUUCUCAAACUCCACAGUCGCCUCCAUUGACAACGGCUCCGACCUCAACCCCGAAGGCCCCGACCUCUCUGCCUGGCCAGUCCUCUCCAUCAAGCCCACAGGCCCAGCUGCGGAAUCUGCGACCCCCAAGCGCAUCGCUGCCCGUCUUCUCGUUGGCGCAGAUGGAAUCAACAGCCCCGUCCGCUCUUUUGCAGACAUUCAAACCCACGGCUGGGACUACGGCCGCCACGGCAUCGUCGCAACCCUCGCGCUAGGGGACCUAGCCACACCACCCUUCCCCGCCUUCAAGCGAACAGCCUACCAGCGCUUCCUCCCAGCCCUAGGUGGCCCAAUCGCCCUCCUCCCCCUUCCAAAUAAACACGCAACCCUCGUCUGGUCAACCACCCCAUCCCACGCCGCCUACCUCAAGUCCCUGCCAACCCCCGCCUUCCUCGCAAUGGUCAACGCCGCCUUCCGCCUUGACAUGACAGACCUCUCCUACAUGAUGGGCAUGUCCGCCUCCGAAGCAACCCACCAAGAAGAACUCAUCUGGCGCACCCAGCACACGCCCCUCCCAGCCCAAAUCCCUCCCCCGGCAACAGCGGUCCAAGAAGGCACCGUUGCCUCGUUCCCGCUGCGUUUCCGUCACGCAGCGCAGUAUGUCUCCCCGCGCGUGGCGCUCGUCGGAGACGCAGCACACGUCAUCCACCCGCUCGCCGGACAGGGCCUUAACCUCGGCUUGGCGGACGUUGCCUCCCUCUCCAAGACUAUUCAGUAUGCUGUUUCGCAUGGGAUGGAUGUCGGCGAUUUACUUACUCUUGAGCGCUACUCGUGUGAGCGCUACUUGCCUAAUGCGAAGAUUGGCGCAACCUGUGAUCUGCUGCAUAAGAUGUAUACGGUUCCUGGGGAGGGGCCUGUGGCUUGGGCGAGGAGUCUUGGCCUAGGUGUUGUCGAUCGCUUGCCUUUUGUUAAGUCGUUCUUGAUGAAGAAUGCUGAGGGGUAUUGA